AUGAGGUCAACAUAAAGCGGAGAGUGGCGGAUACGUCUUUUUUUUGCUUUAUAGGGUUUCGUAGAGGACUUUAUUUUGUUUUUCUCCUUUAUUUGUUGUUUGCGACUAGUUAACAGCCAUAAAUAUCAAUAAUUCAGCUUCCAGGAUACGUCGGUCAAGAUGCCGCGAUAUGGAAGUAAGACGUAUGGCAAGACGCGGCAAACAUCAUCAAACACCAACUUCGACGAAGCUUAUGAUGGCACAAGACGUCCUGUGACACGCUCAACACCUACCAAGAUGGUUUCUGGCCGCUCUACCCGCAGCUCCACAACCAAUAGAAACGGAGAAGCGCUAUCUCCAGCCAAAAGGCGACGGGGAGAUAUGGAUCCAUUCAGUUUCAGCAGCGAUGAGGACUUAUCACCGCGGAAACGAACUCCAGUAAAGAAGGACAGUGAGAGAAAUGUUGGUGCCAGUUUGAAAAUGGAAUCAAAUAGUGAUGCAGGAAAUUCUGUAGGUGAAGUAAGUAAUAAACCUAGGACUAAUCAGGAGUUAGAUACCAAUGUUAAACGAUCCAGACAAGCUUCAAGUUCUAGUAAUGAAGGUGAUUUCGGUCCUUUACCAAAAAAGCAAGAAUCUAUUCUCAAAUUUACAAAACGACGGGUUAUGAAUGGACCAGAGGAGGAAUCAGAUGUGGUUUUAAAAAAUGAUACCACAACAGAAACUAAUAAAACAGAAGAAAUCUUUGAUAUAAAAGGAAUCAAUGAGGAAUCUCUUGAAGAAAGUAAACCGGAAAAAAAGAGUAAAAUUGAGGAGGAAAGAGAAAUGAGAGAACAGCAAGAUGCUGAUUUCUGGAAUCGCAUUCUUGAUUUAGAUACAGAUGAAAAAUCUGGCAAAUCAAAGAACAAAAGUGACAAUAAGAAUGCUACAAACAAUGAGGUCCCAAAAUCAAAAGCUUGGCAAGUAAAUGAUUGCCAAGAACCGUCAACAAGUAGUAAUGUUACCCAGUUUCUUCCUCCAUCACCGAAAAAGUUUGACCAUACAUAUAGCCGUGAUGUCAAAAUAAAAGGUCAAAUGUCACCUACAGAUCAUACAUAUAGCAAGGAGAAAGUAAAGCCGUCUAGUAGCUGUGGAGCACUGGUGUCGUCUGUUGAGAUUGAUUCCAGCCAAUCAUCAAAAUACACGAACGCGGCUUCCCAAUCAAGUUUAUCGUCCCAAAAAAGCAGUGAGAUGCAAUUAUCCAGCUCACAGUCUAGCAAUAGUGUUGUUGAUGAGUUUGAUUUUGAUGCUGAUACCGGUUCAUCACAGGAAUCAAUGAAUCCUGCUAUAUCCAAGAUUUUAUCUAAAGGCAAGAAACCUGGCAUCAAGUUUUUUGCACCAAAAUCCAAAAAGAUUUUUAACAAUAGUCCUAAAAAGUCUCCUGCUAAAAUCCGAUACAAUGCAAGAUCCUGGCAGAAGGACCUUAGUCAUAAUGACGACUCUGGUGAGUCUGCCUCAACAGCUGACGAGAGGACGAUUCAAAGCCGACCAAGUAGCAGUGGACAGAUGAAGCGGCCCGCUGCAAUGUCGGUCAGAUCCACAGAAAAGAUGAACCAGGCAGUGGGCGGAAUUACCAAGCAGGUGAUAUACCCGACCAGGCUGAACCAUUCCAUUGUUACCUCGUUGAAGUGCCACCGCGAGGAAAAGGAGUUAUACACUGUGGUAAGGAAUGUAAAGCAAGCCCAUCAGUGCCAGGAGUCUGGAGAAAGUCAACAGUUUUUUGAUGAUAUUGAGUAUCUGCUGGAUGGACUCAGUAACUUAGAACCAACACCAGUGAGGUGUCUCAGUAUAAUAAGCCUAGCCAGCAAGUGUUCUGCACCCUCUUUCCGUGUUCAUCUCCGUGCACAUGGCACCAUUUCGAAACUGUUCCGUGAACUUUACGAUGCAGAAAGUGAUCCUAGCUUGGCUGUAAGUACUGCAUUUCUGAUGUACAUGUUGAGUCGGGAUCGUCUUAACAUGGAUUACAAUCGCCAGAUUAUUGGUCUCCUGAUGAAACUGUUGACCUACGCCCCUGUGGAUAUGACCUCUGACACGCCUGUGGUUCAAGAAUUCAAAAAGACUUUGGAGAAGGUGAAAGAUAUUUUGGAGAAGAUUCCAGACACAAAUGCAGUCAAGCGUGAUGUUGAGAUUGGCAAGAUUUCAACAAACUACCUUGCUAUGGAGUGCCUUUUGUCCUUGACUUCUCGAAAAGCAACCGACUGGCUGAAGGAAGAACUACGCAAACUAGGAGGAUUAGAUUUUGUAGUCGAUACAGUUUUUGAGCAAGUAUCAUUGCUAGGUGGAUCUACAACAUUCAGCGAUUCUCAGAUCUCAAGCCUCAAGCAAAUUGAACGAUGUCAGAGAGUUUUAGAAAAUUCAACGUUUUUAAAUACAGUGAAUCAGGAAUACCUCAUUAAUUACAACCACUGCGGCCUCAUUAAUGAUCUAGCUAAGGCAUUGAAAGUAUGCGAGGGAUACAUUGAAGAAUGCAGUUCAGAAGAAAGCAUCUUAGAAAUUGGACAAGAGGACACGAAAGGAUUCAUAGUGAGGAAAUGCUUGCUGAGUAUUCUACGAGUACUACUCAAUCUCACACAUGACAGUGAAUGGGGAUGUAUCAAAGUGGGUGGACAGGAGGGUAUGAUAAAGACCAUUCUCCUUUGUGUCAUGCAGAUCCCGCAACAUAUUCCAGCUGAUCAGCGAUUUGACCUCCUCUUGUUAGGUCUGGGCCUUUUGAUCAACUUAAUGGAACACAGUCCAGGCAAUUGUAAAACUCUUAUCAAAAUUGAAACAAAAUUCUCCUAUGAUUCUAAACCUCAAGAACAUAGCAACUUUGACUUGGAGGGUGAGGCCAGUGUUCUGCAAGCACUUACUCAGAUGUUCUUGCAACGUGAGAAGGCAGCCAAGUUGGCUGAGACAAUGCCAGAGUCUCCAACGGCACAGUCCAAGCAGGAUGGAGAAUGGAAAGAAUCUCAAGACGGCAUGGAAUGGAUCACUAUCGAAACAGAAGAGGGACAGGAAUUGAGUGCUGACAGCCAGAAAGAGAUCAAGAAAACUAUCAAUAAAGCUCUAAAGAAAGCAGGGAAACACAUGGAGGAUAGUAUUGUAGCUUCGUACUGUGCUCUUUUACUAGGAUGCCUACUCAGAAACAACCAGUCAAAUGUUAGAAAUGUACGUGAUAUCCUACCAAACAAUGACUUUGCCUGUAUGGUUGACAUGCUCAAAGGCUUUCUGGAGUUCAUGGAAAUGACAAAUGCAGUUGGAAGUUCUGGAGGUAAAUCAAUAUCGAAAAUCAUUGAAGUUUUUGAAUUGCUUUAAGAUUGAGAGAAUUUUUGGAUUACAAGUUUGUAAAUUGUACAGAUAAGAUUUUCUAAGACAAAAACAACGUAUGUAAGUGUAUCUGAUGUAGAUAGUUGCACUGUUGAUAUCAUUGUCAGUAUUGUUUAUGUUCUAAGGUGACAGAUAUUAGUAAACAGUGCUAUUUACGUGUUGCCAGUAAUUCACUCAAUGCAAACUUCAUUAUUUCUUAUCAUGUGUUCGCUAAUACUAUCAAAUUAUUUUACCAUUUGUAACAUGAGUUUCCAUUGGAGUUUAUUUUUUAUCUUUAUAUUUGAAAACGGUAAAAUUUGAAGUUGUGAGUGAUAUGGCUUCACAAGGCAUUUGAUAUUUUUAUUACCCACAUUUGUUGCUAGGUGCUCGCAGUGUUUUAAGGUAAUCCUGUAACUUAGUACCAAGUUCAUGCAGAAAAUCUACAUCUGAAUCAUUUUUUUAAAGAAACUCUAUGGCCCAUGAUAAAAUUGUUUCACCUAGUUCAUUCAACUUAGAAGUAUAAUUAGAAUUGGUCAUAAAACAAAACAUCAGCAGAUUAUUUUUAGUACUUGAAUUGUGUGUGUAUAUUUUCAAUAAGUAAUUUAUGAGUUUCAAUUUAAUAGCUGUGAUGUCAGAUUAAACCCCAGUAUUCUUUGAUGGAACGUAGUAGUAUUCAGUGAUAUUGUAGUUGUUGAAAUCCAUUGGGUCCGCUGAUAAGUUCCACAUAAGAGGCAUGAAACAGACCUUGAAGAGUGUAAUGCAAAUCAUAGUAAUUAAAUACUUUAAACAUAAUUUGUUCAUCUUGUGUACGAAGCUAUUAUUCAUUAUAACAAUACAGGAGUGCUAGCUAGGCAAGACACAAUUGCGUAAAUGUGUAUUUACACCUCAAAUACAGUUAGUGUGGUAUUAUUUGCACUUUUUACUCUAUUCUAUAUAUUUUUCAUGCAUUUAUUAUGGCCAUUUUGAAGGCAAACACUGUCCUGUGAAAAUUCUAUUUUUUAAGAAUUGAAUUCUUUUGAUUAAUCACUCUACUAGCCUAUUACAUUUAUACAAACCUGGAUGAAGCAACUAUAACCCUAGUUUUUUUUUUGUUUUUUUUUUUAGUGAAACUUACAUUUUGAAAAUGAAUGGAAUUGUCCAUUCAAGCCUAUUAUAGAUUACUAUAUAUGCUCUUUGCUAUUAAGGAUGAUUCCAUUUAGUGGUAAGUUCCACUAUGGAAACUUGGCUCUGGUCAGUACAGGUAGAAAUAUCUCACUAAAUGACUAUCAACAUUACAGCUCAACUGGUUUGUGUACUCAAGUAAUAAAACUGAAUUCAUGUAAUUUAAAAGAUGAGAGGUAGUGAAAUUGACUCGGUUUACCCUUCAGUUUCUGGUAUGUAAAAAAUGUUGAAAUUUUUUCAAUCAUCUGGGGAGGAUGCAGUCGGUGGGGGUGUGUGAGAAUCGACACCCCUCAGCCACACCAUUGUUGGGACUGAGGUGAGCAAAUUUUGAGAACAUGGACCUCUAGUUGCCCGGAAAUUGCACUCUCAUACUUUGAAAAUCGGUAUUAGGCCUAUGUUCAUAUCAACAAUACAAGAAUUAUAUUUCUUGAUGCAAUUUAUGGGUGUGCGACCGCACCGUCUGCACCCCCAUGCAUCCGCCCCAGAUCAUUUAAUUGUGAAGAAAAAUAUGAGCAAAAUACCAAUGAUAUUUUAUGUGAUUGUCCUGUGUCAAUUUAUUUUCAUUUGUUUUUUUUUUGGUUAUUUUAUUAUUAAUAAUGUUUGUAUUAUUGUAUCAUAUUUAUGAUGUCUCUUUUAUUUAUACUGAUAUAAUUUUAUUGGUUGUCUGGUUUCUUAGCAACGAGAAUUAAAUUGAAUUUUGACAACAAAAUCUCUAAUAAUAAAAUGGAGAUUGUGGAAUAUAUAAUGAUGUUGAUGAUUUCUGUACAGAAAUUGUACAUUUGAAGAGAAUCCCUUUAGUUUUUCUUUGGAUAAGCCCUGUAUGACUAUUAUGCGAAAUUAUAUAUAUAUAUAAAACAAUAGUUUUUAUUUUAAUUAUUCUUCUUCAAGUUUAUUAGAAUAGUUGUUAUCAAUUCAGUAUAACUUGAUCAUCAAAUCAUGUUUAUUUGAAUUUUGUCAUGAUUGUGGAAUUUUCAAGAUUUGGUUGUGGCAUUUUUUGCAUGUCGUAUAUUGUUUUGGAGCACUGUUUCCAUAUGGGACACUAUAUAAGUCAAAAAUAAUUGUUAGUAUUAAUAGUAGUAUUUUGUAACUAUGUCACUAAAUUUCUAAUUGAUUAGUGAAAAAUAAAUGAAAUAUUAUAUUUUGGAUGUUCUAAACAAAUUAAAUAAAAUGUUAAAUUGGAAGCUUUUAUAGUAAUUCGUCGCUCAUACAAUGUUCCGUCAUUUUGUACAGUUAAGUCAUAAAUGCCAAUUCCUAUGUUGUAAAUAUUAUGUAUAUAUAUCAUCCUUUUGUUUGAUCUGUUAAAACAGAAAACAUAGAAAAUUAUGGGAUGUACUGAGAUGGGAAAUCUUCUCCAUCGCUGUAUUGACAUUUCCUGGUUACUGUUUUUCCAGAUAAAAUGCCCAUACAAUCGAUUUAGGUUUUCAAACAUUAAUUUCUCUUUUUCUGUGCACUUUGCUGUUGUUGUUAAUAUUGUACAUUAACAUACAAGUGUUGAUUUUCGUUGUAUGUACCUACUGUUUGAUUAAUUAUUGAUCUUCUCAAAUAGUGAUUGAAUGAUUGGUUUAAAAUGGAAUAGAACGCGACAAUUUUUACAUACACCACUCGUUAGAGGUUAAAAAUGAUUAAGAGUUAAUAACUGAAUUUUUUUAUUCUCAUUAAUCUACUCUUACUGAGCAAAGCAAAACAAUGGCCACAGGAAGGUUGCCAUGGAAUGCAAUGAUGUUGUACUUGAACGUUAAAUAGAUUUUCGAAAUGGAUUUUUUUUUUGUCCUGUAUAUAAUAAUGGACUUUUCCGCUAAAAUCACCGCCCUUUGAUAUUUUACGUAAGGUCCUACAAACGACUGUGUAAAAGUGUACGCGCACACAUGCGUUUGUGGGACAACACGUGUGUUUGUUGCACAUGCGCAAAUUCCUGGCCCUGUUCUGAUUGGUCAGUUGUUACAUUUGAUUGACACUCUGGAAAGGUCAGUUAUAAGUACUUUACUAAGUUUAGGGUCGAACAAUGAAAACAACUUGUAAUGUAGGUAUUUUCACACAUAAUGUAGAUAUGAUGAUAUAGUUGAAAACAGGUGAAUCUCGGUUGGUCGCUGAUGUUAACUCAACUUUGAAUAAAAAGUGGCAUCUUUUUUUUUUGCCCUGGAUUACCCUGUGCAAACGUA